AUGACCGAUGAUGAUAAUAAAGAUUUCAUGACGGAAUAUACAUUUUCUGGAUGCAUCCCGCUGAAAUAUUUAUUCGGGUUUUGUGAAGAUUAUAAGAAAAUAUUACUCAACUGCAAUCAACAAUUGAUUUUAAAUCGAUCAUCUACAGAUUUCGAUGCGUUGUACGUUACGGGUACCGCGGUAAAAGAAAACAUUGAAAAAAAUAAGAAAGUAACUAUCGAUCUUCAAAAAGUUAUUUGGAAAAUGCCUAUUGUCAGGGUGACUGACAGAGAAAAAUUAAAACUAUUGAAAGUAAUAGAUUCUCGGAAGACGUUGUCGUGUGCAUUCAGAAGUUGGGAUUUAUGCGAGUAUCCAGUCCUACCGCAAAAUAAUUCUCAUUCGUGGACUGUUAAAUCUAGUAAUUUACUUGAAAAACCUAGAUUUGCAAUCAUAGGCUUUCAAACAGAUCGAAAAAAUAACUUAACCAAUCAAUCCAGUCGAUUUGAUAGUUGUAACCUGAAAAAUCUUAAA